AUGAAGUACCAACGUGUUCUAUACACACAAAAAUUAACUCCAGAAUUAAGAUCAAAAUUGCGUAUCGUUUCUUACGACAAGCGGCGCUCAUCGAAGGGAAAUGUGUAUUUUGUUAGUUUUGCAUCAGAUGCUGAUAUAAAACAUGCUGAUCGAACUUCCAAACGACUCCGAAAUAUUACGUUAAAACCGUUUCAACCACAUCAUUCUUCUUCGGAUAAACAUAAAGAUCGAUCUAAUAUAUAUAAUUAUCAAGAAAUUCCUGCAACAUCACCCAUAUCAUUUCAAUCACCACCUACUAUACUUACUUUUCUUUCCGAUAGCAAUUCUUCAUUUAUUACAUCUCAAUCGGAUUCUUUACGACGCACUAAUGAAACACUGGAAGAACGUGCAAUGCGUGUCCUUGGUCCACGUAUAGUAACUAGUCAAAUUGUUGCAUCUACACCUACUCUUCAAGAAUCAAACUUCGACAAGCAACACUUGAUUGCCAAUGUUAAAUCAUGCUUGAAUGCUAUGAAAAAGGUACAACGAGCCGCUGAUGAUGUUUGUCAACUUUACAGAAGCGGAAGCGACUAUAAUGCAGCAUUAAACCAUUUGUUUCAGACGCAUUCAACGGCAUUUUACUUAAAAGCUGCUACAUCUGUUCAAAUCAAGGAUCUCUUGUUAGCUGGUCUACGAUUAUCUUGGCCAGAUCUUGCUAAUGAUAUUAAUGACUUCAGGACAGAUGUUGGUCAUGAGCAAUUAUUUAUGGCACAAUUAGCAUCUGCUAAGCAUAUUUUAUCGAAAAUUGACAGUGCAACAUCAAUUGCAAUAUCAUCGAAAUUAGCAUAUCAACUCACAAAUCUGUCGCAUUGA